AUUUAUGCACAUUCGCAUUGUAAUGUCAGGGCGAAUUCUGCACACACAAUUACAACAAUACUACUUACUAGGCUCCAUACUGCUACUACAAUUCCUUGCACUGUGCACGCGCCCACUCUUUUCAUAUUGAAAUAGCAAUAGUUCAGCCGACUGGAAGUUCCUUUCUGGUGGAAUUCUAAAAAGGAUCUGUGUCGGCGGGGUCGAAGCUGAGGGUCGAAGGGGCCCAGGAUUGCAAGGUAUGUCGCUGAUGAGGAAUGGUCAUGCAAGUACCAGCCGCGGUGGUGGCGACGAGGCAGGCCUAACCAACAACCCGGCCAUCGCAAUGGAUAACUACGGCGCGACGGACGAAACUACAACCCUUGCUAAUUCAGACUACCUGGAUGGCGAUGAGGAAGAGGAAGGUACACCUAUUGAGUUCAGCGUCCGAAGAUCAAAUGACGACCCAGGAACAUUCUUCAAUGAUGGCAAGAGAAAAAUUGAUUUUGUGAUAGUUCACGAGGAGGAGAAACUGACAGAGAAGCAGAAACAGAAGAAGGCGAGGGAGGAGCAGGAACGCAUAGAGAAGAAUCUACCUGCGGAGGAGGAUGAGGAGGCUCAGCAGGUGAUGUGGCGCAACAAAUUCCUGGAGAAUCUGAGAAGAUACGGUGUAGAGAUUGAGUUGGAUAUAGCAGAAGGCGACAAGAAGACAAUAACGUACUACAAGCUGCAUGCUCCGUGGAGUGUGCUGGAGUUCUUUGCCGAAGAACUGAACUUCAGGGCUCCGUUACAGAUCUACUCAGGAUUAGCGAGUGAUGUACCCGGACUGGACGCCCAUACCAACCCCAGCUCCAACUGGUCAGCCCGGAUGUUGAAGAAGCUUCACAUUCCCAACAUCAUGGCCAACAAUGUGCCCAACAAGCCACUGGACUUCUUCACCUGCUCCUUCAAGAGAUCCAAGAUAAGGAAGUUCCUGGGCAGUGACAAUAAGGACACUUUCUUCACCAACACGGAGCGCACCCGAGUGGUGAACGAGAUUCUUCAGAGCUGUACGUACGGCAAGCGGCGGCGUGCCGAGAUCGGCAUCGACCGACUGCUGGAGGAGGACGUCUUCCAGGCUGCAUAUCCUCUCCAUGAUGGCACUGAGGAAAUGCCCAAAGGCAACUUGGUGAGCAAGGAAGACUUGAACAAGCGGCAGAUUCUCAAUAAAUACUGGGCCCGCUGGGGCUGCUGGUACAAGUACCAACCGCUGGAUCACAUCAGGGAAUACUUUGGAGAGAAGAUCGGUAUCUAUUUUGCCUGGCUCGGUUUCUACACAGGAUGGCUGUUGCCUGCAUCGGUGGUAGGCGUGCUGGUCUUCCUCUACGGAAUUAUAACCGUCAGCUUUAAUGUUCCUGCAAAGGAACUAUGUGACAGUGGUGACGAAUUCAAGAUGUGUCCGCUGUGUGACGAGGAAAUUGGCUGCACGUACUGGAACCUGUCUUCUACAUGCAUGCAAGCAGAGAUUGCUUAUCUGUUUGAUCAUCCAGGGACGCUGUUCUUUGCCAUCUUUAUGUCAUUCUGGGCUGUGUCUUUCCUGGAGUACUGGAAGCGUAAGCAAGCUAGUCUAGCCCACCACUGGGAUGUCAUGGAUUUUGAGGAGGAAGAGGAGCGGCCUCGGCCAGAGUUUGCUGCCAAGGCUCCCAUGAUGGAGGAGAACCCAAUCACGGGCAUCAUGGAGCCGUACUUCCCUGAGGAUGAACGCAAGAAGAGAUGGCUGACUGGCGUGGGCGUCCUGUGUGGAAUGGUUGUGUUGGUGCUGAUCUUCAUGGUGGGAGUGAUCAUGUACCGGGUCCUGAUCGAUAUACCCCUGUCCCAGAAUGCCUUGCUGCGGAACGAGUCUCAGAGCAUCGCCAGCAUGUCCAGCGCCGUGGUCAACUUGGUUCUCAUCAUGGUGUUGGGCCAGGUCUACCAAACACUGGCCGGAAUCCUGAAUGACUGGGAGAUGCAUCGCACCCAGACGGAGUACGAGGACAACCUGACCUUCAAGGUCUUCGUCUUCCAGUUCAUGAACUUCUUCUCUUCCAUCUUCUACAUCGCCUUCUUCAAGGGCAAGUUUGUGGGCUACCCAGGCAAUUAUAGCACGAUCUUUGGUCUGCGUAACGAGGCCUGCAGCAAUGGAGGCUGCCUGGUGGAGCUGGCUCAACAGCUGCUGGUCAUCAUGGUCGGUAAACAGAUCAUCAAUAACUGCCAAGAAGUUGCCAUUCCCAAACUGAAGCAGUGCUGGCUGCGUUACAAGUUGCGAGGUUCGCUUGGCGACCGCGAGUGUAAACGAUGGGAGGCAGACUACCAGCUGGUGCCCAACGAGGGACUGUUUGAGGAAUAUCUGGAAAUGGUCAUCCAGUUUGGCUUCAUCACGGUCUUCGUGGCAGCCUUCCCCCUGGCCCCGCUCUUUGCCCUGCUCAACAACUGGAUCGAGAUCCGCCUGGAUGGCUCCAAGUACGUCAGCGAGGUGCGCCGCUCCGUGGCCGACCGGGCCCAGGACAUUGGCAUCUGGUACGACAUCCUGGAGUUCAUCGCCAAUCUGGCCGUCAUGAGCAAUGCGUUCUUGAUCGCCUUCACCUCGGAGCUUCUACCACGGCUGAUGUACCAGUACCAGUACAGCUCUGAUAUGCAUGGAUAUAUCAACUUCACUCUGGCACAUGCCCCAAACGGAUCCACCAACGAGCCGUGCAGAUACAAGGACUUCCGUGACCCGGAGGGCAACCACACCAUAUUCUACUAUCAACUGCUGGCUGUCAAACUCGCCUUUGUCAUCAUAUUUGAGCAUUUUGUCUUUGGAAUCGGUCGCUUCAUUGACUUUGCCGUCCCAGACAUUCCAGAGAGUUUGGAGAUCAAGAUCAAGAGAGAGGCAUACCUCGCCAAGCAGGCACUGCAGGAAAUACAGUAGUGAGAAGUAUCGAGUGCAUCAGAUGCCGACGGGACUGUGUGCACUUACUCAACGGCGGCUGAAGAUUUUCUGCAGUAUCAACGGUUUUGGCAUCUACAUUGUUUUGCCAUAAUAUGUGAAGCGAGCAAGCUAAACGAGUCGUUUGUCGACCCUGGUCCAAAAUUUUGUUAUAACAGAUUUGAAAAGAACACAAUCUCAGCAUAACUGCUGUGUAAACCGCAUGCUGACAUCAUCUUGAGUUCAAAAAUUAUGGAAGUCGGAACACCGAGAGAUCGAGAUGUGAUAAAGUGAUGUGAUGAAGCGGCCCUAUUUUGGCCUGAAUCUCCAAAUGAAAAUUCCUGACAAAUGACUCAUUCAGCUUGAUUGCAUCACAAAUGUUCUCCUUUGGAAUCCAUAUUGUUGUUUGUUUUGCCUCUCAGGUUCGGACAUAAGAAAGGUUCCUUUCUUUUCUUGCUAUUUUUGGUUUUAGAGUUUUGGAGUAUGGUUACUGUUCAUUGCACUCAGCUCAUAUUUGUACAUGUUUUGUGGAAGUAUUCCUUAAAAAAAAAA